AUGACUUCACCCAAUUCGCCGACUGCAAGCGCCUCUGAAAGAGAAAACAGCCGGGAUGAUUUUGAUGAAGCUGAGGAUGAAAGUACUUCGGGCCCCGAGGAUGAACAUAACACUGAAAGUGUGAUGAUAAUCAGUCUAGUGCCUCUACUGUGCGCUGCCUGUUUCCUAAAUCUGGAGCCGUUGCUUUUGCUGACUGGUACGGAACCGGAUAUCGCGAAGGAUGCGGCCGAGUAUGUUCUCUGGUUUUUCCCGGGACUCUUUUUCCUCUACAACUCCUACAUCCUUUCGAGAUACUUGCAAGCCCAGGACAAGGCUUUUGUUCCGCUCGCAGCAACUUUACUUGCAAAUGCGGUCAAUAUAGGUCUGAAUUACCUUCUUGUCAUUCAAUGGCGGUUGGGCAUCAAGUAA